UAACCGUGAUAUAACUUUUGGUGCAAUUAUUAUAAUAUUCUCGUUUACAUUGUUUACAUUGCCAACUCUUACAGCGUUUACUUUUGGUAAAAAAAGUAAAGAAAUGAGAUAAGUAAGUUAUGCCAAAAUAAAUCACAACUCAAAGGGAUUAUGUAAAUUUGUGUCAGGACAAAUUUUAGAAAACCAAAUGACCGAAAUAGAGAAGCUAUUUGAAUUUAAGUGAAUCCAAACAUACUACUUCGCCACGCGUCUAAAAUUUAUAAAAGAAAAUACUAAGCAAAAGUACCUUGCCACGGCAAGUAAGUCCAAUCAAAGCUAAAGCCUAAUCAGGUUUAGCUUUUCUCGCGAGACAGUAUUACAACCGCCAAAAUUCUUACCGCUGGCAGUAUGAAUUCCUACUUUGAACAGGCUUCGGCUGGUUUUUACGGCCACCCGCAUCAGACAUCCGGUAUGACAAUGAGUACUGGAGGUCACCAUGAUCAGACAGCCACAGCGGCCGCAGCCGCUUAUCGUGGCUUUCCGCUCUCUUUGGGCAUGUCGCCUUAUGCCAAUCAUCACUUACAACGCACCACGCAGGAUUCUCCCUACGACGCAAGUAUCACAGCUGCUUGUAACAAAAUUUACAGUGAUGGCGCCUACAAACAGGACUGUCUUAAUAUCAAAGCCGACUCCGUGGUCAAUGGUUACAAAGAUAUCUGGAAUACCAGCGCGAAUGGUGCGAGCGGCGGUGGUGGUUCUGGAGGUGGUGGUGGCUCAGGCGGUGGUUCUAACGGGUCAAAUAAUAAUGGACAGAACAAUCCUGCUGGUGGCAUGCCAGUGCGUCCAUCCGCUUGCACUCCAGACUCCCGUGUUGGUGGAUACUUGGACACUUCAGGCGGAAGCCCGGUAAGCCAUCGAGGUGGCAGUGGUGGCGGAAGUGGUGGAACUGGUGGUGGAGUCGUUGGUGCCGGUCAAGGUGUCGCUGGGGGCGUUGGAAGCGUAGGUGGUGUUGGUGUUGGCGGUGGUGUAGGAGUUGGCGGUGCAGGAACCGCAUGGAAUGCAAAUUGCACAAUUUCUGGGGCGGCAGCGGCUCAAAGUGCUAGUAGCUUACAUCAAGCCACCAAUCAUACUUUCUACCCGUGGAUGGCUAUCGCAGGUAAGAUAAGAUCAGAUUUAACACAAUACGGCGGAAUAUCAACAGACAUGGGUAAGAGAUACUCAGAAUCUCUUGCGGGCUCACUUCUUCCGGAUUGGCUAGGUACAAAUGGCCUCCGAAGACGUGGCCGGCAAACGUAUACCCGCUAUCAGACGCUCGAAUUGGAGAAAGAAUUCCACACCAAUCAUUAUCUGACCCGCCGACGAAGAAUCGAAAUGGCGCACGCACUCUGCCUCACCGAACGACAGAUUAAAAUCUGGUUCCAAAAUCGACGAAUGAAGUUAAAAAAAGAAAUUCAAGCCAUUAAAGAACUCAACGAACAAGAGAAACAAGCGCAAGCGCAGAAGGCGGCAGCACAAGCGGCGGCGGCAGCGGCGGCGCAAGCGCAACACAUAGGCGAUCAAAACUAGGAAAAAUCAACUACAAAUUAUUCAUAUUACAAAAAUAAUUAUCAUAGCUAUAACCCUGAUGCUAAUAAUAUUUUUAACAAUAACUUUACAUCCAAUACAUUAUUAACAACUGCAAAAAGAAGCCUAACAACAACACCUACUCCGGGUUCCCAUGCAACAGCAGCAACCAUUUACAAUAGCACAACGUCAACAUCAUCGUCAACUUCGAUGCUGAUGCCGAUGUCGAUGUCGUUGCAUUUGUCAACGCCGUCAUUGUCCGCAUCUUCAUCACCCGCAUAUCACGCACACUCCCACAGAGCAAAUGCAAAUGCGAAUAAUUUUAUCGACAGUUUAGGCAAUGCUAACAUUAAGUAUAAUCGAUUGAAUUUUAUUUUAAACCGAAAUAUUUACGAGUAUUCCGCAAUGAGUAGUGCGCAUAAGCUUUACUGAAUUUCUAUAUUUUAGCAAAUAUAUAUGCAUAUAUGCAUGUAUACGGAUGCAGAUCACUUAUAUUG